UUGUUCCGCACACGGCAGCAGUGGCAACACACACACACACACACACACACACACCCUCUUUCUCCCCCCCCCUCCUCCUCCCCCACAUAUUUUCGUCUCGAUCUAUCAUGGCCAAGUCAAGCGAUCUGAAAAGCUUCCUGCAGUCCUCACUCAACGAGAUCUUCAAAGCGACUGUGAGUGACAUCCUGGACUCAGUGGACCGGACCCUGUCUGAGUACCAGGGCACCAUCCGCAGGAUCGAGUCUGAAAACGAGGGCCUGAAGCAGCUGCUGUUUGCAAAGGAGAGCACGGAGUCUGCUAACAGAGAUGCUCAUGAACAAGAUGUCACUGACCACGUUUCGACCUCAGAAUGGAACAAUCCAUCCAUCAACCCCGGCCAGGGUUUGUUCAAGGUGUCCAUAUGCAGCAGUGACAAGAAGAGCUUCAGGAGGAAGAACAGGGCGAAGGAGAGCAUUUCCUCCGCCUGCUUACCACCGCAGAUCGAUAAUACACCAGAAAGACAAUGUGUGACUAUUGCAGAGGCGUGUGUCUCCACCAGUGACAUGGUAUCUGUGAAAACGGAGCCCGGCCUGGAGGAGAGCGGCGCUAUCGACCUCUCCCAGCCGUCGGCGCUUCUCAAUCUGACAGUGAAGCCGAUUAAAAGCGAGAGCACCGAGGUGAGUUGUGACGGCGUGACGCUUAUGUGCCUCUGCUGCCACCUACAGGCCUCGACAGACAGUGACGUUAAAGUCACUGUGGUUUCUGACAGCUGCAUGCAGGAUGAAGAGCUCAUUAAGACUGAAGAAGAAGAGCAGAACGGGGCGUUGCAGUACGGUGACAGUGUCUCUCAUCAAGAGUUGAAGUGUGCGUCAGGAUAUUUCCCGAACCCAGAGGGAGCGAGCGGACAGGCUGAAGUUGCGAAUCCUCAUGAAAACAAGUCACCAGCUGUUGCGGACGGCGACGUUUUGGAUGUCCGCGACAAGUUUUUGCGAUGUACCUCCUGUCCCAAAACAUUCAGCCGACCGAACGCGCUGAAAGUCCAUCUCAGGACUCACACCGGCGAGAAAGCCCACACCUGCUGCUACUGCGGCAAGCGCUUCGGUCGCGCCGAUCUCCUCAAAUCCCACAAGAGGACGCACACAGGGGAGAGGCCUUAUAGCUGCAACCUGUGCAGCAAAACGUACCCCCAUCCCAGUCAGCUCAGGAUACACAAACGUAUCCACACCGGAGAGAAGCCGUACUCCUGCACGCAUUGCGGGAAGUGCUUCAACGAGCACAACCAGCUCAAAGUCCACCUGAGGACUCACACCGGGGAGAGGCCGUACAGUUGCCAGGAGUGCGGGAAAACCUUCAGCAACGCGGGAAACCUAAGAAUACACGAGAGGAUCCACACGGGCGAGAAGCCGUACGCCUGCUCUCAGUGCGGGAAAAGAUUCAACGGCUUGGGCGACCUGAAAACGCACUACAGGAUUCACACCGGAGAGCGGCCCUACAGCUGCAAGCUCUGCAACAAGACCUUCAGCCAGACGGGCCACCUCACCAUACACAUGCGGAUGCACACAGGGGAGAGGCCGUACAGCUGCGGCGAGUGUGGCAAGACGUUCACGGUGGCCAGCAGCCUCAAGCUGCACCAGAGGACCCACACAGGAGAGAAGGAGUACAGCUGCUCGUACUGCAGCAAGAGCUUCAGCAGGCUGGGGCACCUGAAGAGACACGAGCUGGUCCACACCAAAGAGAAGGUGUACCUCUGCAGCGAGUGUGGGAAGACCUACACCGACCAUUCGGCGCUGAAGAAGCACCUGAAGUUACACGCGGCGAAGGAGCAGAAGGGUUUGAGCGAGGAAGGAACCAGCGAGGCCUAAAUGAACCCCCGCUGACUUUUAGCAACAGAGAGAAAACGAGAACCAAAUUCUCUCAGAAGCCCAGAAAAGAAAAUCUUGAAAGUACAGAGCUUUCAGACUCACCCCGCUGUGAGAGAUGUUCGGACACUACUUCUUCCUAGACUUGAAUAUACGGUGAAGCAGAGUAACCCUCUGAUACCAGUGUGAUGGAAACAAUACUCAUAAUAACGAUGACAAAAUCUGAAAAUCCUGACGCUUUGCUAACUUCAGCAAACUCUACUUUCCUCUACUAAAUUUCUUAUAAUCAUUUUUUUGGCUGCUCUGAAACAGCAGACGUCAAAGGAUAACUAUAUUGUUAUUGUUGCAUAGGCUUAGUGAAGGCAUAAAAGGCAUUUUCACUUUAAAAACCAACCUCUAAUCUAGCAGCCUGAAUGAACUGAUAUCAGCUGUUGCAGCGGUUGCAGUUUUAGUCAAACUGUACACUACAUAUGUGUAUUGCAUUGUCUUAACUAAGCUGGUUUGAAGUAGUGCUGUUAUGAUUUGAACUGUGUGUGUGCUGUGAUUGAACAACCAAAAAAGCUGCCACAUGGACCUUGAGUUAAGAUGAAGCUGUUAACUGCUGUUUCAGGCAGUUCGAUUGUGUGUCAGACUUCAAGAAUGAACUUAAAGGCUAAAAGCUGUUUGUGAUGUUUGUGGUACAGUGAAAUACACUGCUGUCUAAUCUUUGCCGUUUGAGUAAGUCCAAAUAUUUAUCUGCUCUGUAUGAUUCUGUGUGUGAGGAGUUACAGACCGGUAACUGGCACCCUGAAAGAAACCUUUUUAAGGAAAGGAAAUGUUGAUUGUUUGUCUGAAUGGAAAUGUUGAUUUUUAACGGUCCAGCUAAAGCAAGAAAGAAAAGGAGUUCCUGAAAGUGCAGGUCAUGUAGGAGAGCUGGUCCUGACCUCUGUGUGGAGAAAUAAAAAUCUCACAUGGGCCAGUAGGAAAUAACAGUAUAGCUGUUUAAUACAUACCGCAAUGCUUUUUACACACAUUUAUAAACAUGUAGUAGGAGGGUUUGGGUUAGUAAUGUGUGUGAAAUAAGUGAUUAAAUGGGAGGAUUAUUAAUAUAUUGCUGUAUAUAGCUUGAGAUAUACAGGCAGCAUCUGAUACAGUGAACUGACAUGAAUGUAUUUCUUUCAAAUGUUGAGGAAAAUCCUGUUACUGCACAUGUUCAGUAUUGAUUGACUAGCUUUCAGUAGUAAAUGAAUUAUCGUUAGUGAGCCAUGCUGAUCAAGCCACUUAUCGUAGGUAUUUUAGGGCUUCUUGUUAAGUCUAUUAACAUGAACACACGGGAGUAAAUUGUCAUUUUAAUCAUGGCAGCGCUGCUAUUUGUUGUGGCAACUGGUUUUAACACGUAUAAAGCAAUGUGAGUGUUUGCCGAUAAGAAUUUAUUAAUCCUUUUUCCUGUGAGGUUUGUGACUAAAUUAAAGAGAAAUGUUAACCAGA